AAGAGAUUGAAUGAUGUCAACAGAUAGUGAAAAACGUUCUUGUUCUACUGGUCUAUUAGAGAAGAUAUAAAAGUUUUGAAUUCACUAAUAUAUUAUGGAAGAUUAGAGAACGAAUCUGACAAUGGUGAAGAAUUUGCCAUUAUCUUAAGAUUUCAAUAGAACGAAGGUUUAUGCAAGUGAUAGAGGGAGAGAUGAUUUCCGAUCAUUGCUAUGUCGUCCGGAUUUCUUCGUCAAGGCCGUCCGGUUUGUCAACCGGCUUCAGCCCGACAUCCAUAUGCCUCUUGUGAUGUGGUUUGUCGGUUACUUUCCCGGAAUCUUCUGGCUCCUUUAGCAGAAUUGUCCGGUGUCGCCGUCCUCCAUCGGUUGGUUCCUCUACCAACGGUGGUUGGCUCUUGUCUAGCUUCUCCGUCGUCCCUCUCCGGCGGUUUAGGCUAGCUUUUGGCCGGAUUUCUUUUCCGGUUUUGUUUUAUGUUCUCGUUUUCUAUAGAUCCAGUUUGAUUUUGCUCCUUUGUGUUCUAACUCUUAGAGGGCUCAAUUCCUUGAACCUCCUUUGUUUAAAGGGCUCAAUUUGUUUUUCAAGCUUAUCGAUUUCAAUUAUAUAAGAACAAAUUAGAGUUGUGGAUUGGGGUUUUCUCUAGUGCCUUUGAGUUGGGUUUUAUGCAAUUGAGUCAAUUGUCAUAUUGGUUUUUGGAAACGAGUGUUUUUAUUUUACUUUUAGGUGUUCAUGGAAGUUCCAUUGGCUUAAGUUCUACGCUGAUGUCGUUUGAAGAUCAUGAUAUGACUACCCAGGGGAGAUUUUCCUUUGCGAAUUCGAAGAUGAAGAAGAUUGAUGGGAUUCUCUGAAUUUGGUGUUGCUCCAUCGGACAAGCUUGAAGUCUUGGUGGUUCCUGGUAGUUUUGGAGUUCCCUGCGAUGACUAACCAAAUCGGCGGUGGCCGUGAUAACAAAUGUUUCUUCUGCCCACGUGCUUCAACCUCGCUUGAUAACUUACAUGUGGUUUUGCGUUGGACUACAUCAAUUACUUCCUAAAAGGGUUUCUUAUUUCAACUGGGCUUUCUUUUAGUUGGGCUUUUAUCUUUAUUUUGUUUUUGUCUGCAGUCUGAAAGUUGAGUUUCCACUCUUGUAACCUUUACAAUCUUUGGUUUAAAUAAUAGCCAACACUUAUGAG